UGGAGGUCAUGCUGUGUACAUCAUGCCUAUGGUUUUCCCCACUUCGCUGCUAUGCGUGUACGGCUUCUUCUCCAACCUGCGGCCGUCGGAGCCCUUCCUCACCGCCUACCUGAUGGGCCCCGACAAGAACCUGACGGAGACUCAGGUUGUCAAUGAAAUCUAUCCAAUAUGGACGUAUUCCUACUUAGUGCUGCUGUUCCCCAUUUUCCUGGUCACAGACUACCUCUGCUACAAGCCCGUGCUGGUGCUGCAGGCCACCAGCUUAGUUGUCACGUAUGUUAUGCUGUGGAAGGCGGAGGGCAUGCUGGCCAUGCAGCUCCUGGAGUUUUUCUUUGGACUGGCCACAGCUUCGGACGUGGCCUACUACUCGUACAUCUACAGCGUGGUGGAGCCGGACCAGUACCAGAGAGUGACGGGUUACUGCCGCAGCAUCACCCUGUUUGGAUCAGCUGCCGGGUCUCUGGUCGGGCAGCUUCUGCUCUCUGUGGCCAAAGUUCAGCUGCUCCAUCUUGUCAUCAUUACGCUGACAUCAGCCGCCGUGGCCUUCUUCGCCCCCUGGUUCCUCCCGAUGCCCAAGAGGAGUUUGUUCUUCCACAAGAGUCCAGGAGCAGCAGAGGACAAGCCACGCAGCAGAAGCAGCUCGCAGAUGGAGAAGGCGGAGGAUUCAGAGAGCAAAGUGCCUCUGAACUCCACAACAUCCAGGCCCUCCGAGGCUGAGCGGCGCAGCAGCGGUUUGAAGGAAGUGUUGCGGGUGUUGUUUGAGGACUUUGUGCAGUGCUACAGGUGUCGUCCUCUGCUGGCCUGGUCGCUGUGGUGGGCUUUGGCCACUUGCGGCUACUUCCAGGUCGUGAACUAUGCUCAGGCUCUGUGGGAGAAUGUUCGUCCAUCCAAGGAAUAUGAAAUCUACAACGGCUACGUGGAGACGCUGUCCACGCUGCUCGGGGCUCUGGCUGCUCUGCUGGUGGGCUGCCUGUCGGUGUCCUGGGCUCUGUGGGGGGAGCUGGCUUUGUGUCUGCUCUCUCUGCUGAUGGCUGUUUGUGUGUUUGUCAUGGACACGUUGAACAACAUCUGGCUGUGCUACAGCUCAUAUGUCCUCUUCAGAGCCACUUACAUGCUGCUCAUCACGGUGGCCACAUUUCAGAUUGCAACCAGUCUCAGCAUGCAGCGAUACGCCCUGGUGUUUGGAGUGAACACUUUCGUGGCUCUGCUGCUUCAGACUCUGCUCACUGUGGUGGUGGUGGACACAGCCGGCCUCGGCCUCGACGUCUACACUCAGUUCCUCAUCUAUGGCACCUACUUUGCUGUCAUUUCUGUGAUCUUCCUCCUCGCUGGACUUUGCAAACUGGCCUCCAGGAGGCGCUCAGAGCAGGAGGCCCUGGCCAACGGCCGAGCAGAAGCAGAAUCAGACUCUCCUCCGAGCAGUGAUGCAGACUCUUGCAGAUAGCACUUAAUCACAGUGAUUAGUUCUCGCAUACGAACGCACCAAAGGUGGGUGAGCACACUUCAUAAGGUGAGCUUCAGUCAUCUCUUCAGCCAUGUGGUGUCAGACUAGAAUGUGACACAGCAGAAGGUAGAGGCUAUAGCUGCUGUCUGUAGACUAACUGUAGGCUGCUCACUGUGUAUUUGCCAACGCUUAUUAAUACACCUGCUGCUUAAAAACACAAGCUGCAUAGAUAAAACCUCCGCUGCAAGCUAAACAGCCUUGAUGCAUGAUAACUUGCUGGGUUGGCAGCGCAGAGUGUAUAAGUUUGCAGAAAAUAGAGGCCUGUGGCUGCUGGCAACCUCUUUUGUAACAAGAACCAGCUACAAUCAUGAGAGCAGUGAGACUGAAAUGUACCAAAAAUACUUCCAGAUAGGUAGUUUCUAAACACUGAAUAGUUUUUGUAGUGAUGUUACCUGUCUGUGGGUAAAAAAUACUUCAAUCAGCUUAUGGUAGAGUGUAUGCUAAUGAUUAAUUAGUUACUGAAUGGUAACGCUGCAUACUUUUGGUUAAGAAAAUUGUUUAAGCAUGAUAGCCCUAGCAUGAAUAUUACAAAAGCAAUAUGGAUGGUCCAAUCAAGAUCCUGAGAGAUGCACUGUGCUAAUUGACCCUGGUACGAUUUAACAGGUGGUUGUCGGAGGUCAUUAAACAUCACAGAAGACUUUGUCAUGGUGCACAUUUUACUCGCCAAACCCUGACAACGCUCUAUGAACUGUAUUAGAGAGUCAGAGCCGUCAGCUCCAUCAGCAGAUACUAAAUAUAAAACGACUCUGAUCGAAUGUGGGCAAAAAAAAUGCCCGUCAGUGCAGCUUUAAAAAAAAAAAACAACGCUUUGCUGGUCACAGUUAAAAGUCUUCAACAUGCACUUUAUAAAUGCACGGAAAUCCAUUUCUGUCAUUUCCCACCUUGUUGAAGCUGAUGCCUUAGACCUGAUGUAAACAAAGUUAAAUAAACUUUAGCAAUGGCUCCUUAUUCCUCCACAUUUGUCACCAGCCGAAAAGUGUUGAACAUGUUUGUGUCAUUAGUUCCUCGUGUAACUGCACAAAAACUGUCUACUGUACAAUCGCUGACAUAAACUGGUUGUAUUUUUACUGAUUAGCAGGGUCAGUAUCAGGCUUAUUAGUAUCACUCAUCUGAACCUGUGUGUUUAUAUCUGUACAAGCUGUUCAUUACCGCUCAAUGGUCCGUUACUGUGUUUAGAGAAAGUGCCUAAAAUGGUCAAAAAUGUAUGGGGCUGCUUUGUUUUUUUUGUUUUGUUUUGUUUUUUAAAAUGAAAAUAUGUUUCUUGUUAACAAAUCCAUCAAAAUAACCAAAAGCAUCAAUGUGUUGGUUUAGUUUUCUGUACUUUUGUCUGUUGCUUUCAGCUCCAGGCUCACUGAUCCCCACUGACGACGUAAAUCUUUAAAAAUGAAACUAUAUUUCUGAGUUUUUAAAGAAGUAAUUUACUAAAACAGUUGUAGUUUGUGUCAAAUUUUACUCAAAGAAAAUAGUGCGCUGGUUGGAGACUUCUUGUUUGUUCAUGACGGUGAGGAAACAUGUCAGCCAGUGUGACUGAAGCUAGUGUGAGUUUUAUACAACGGUACUUGUUAGUAGGAUCAGUUUAGUGUCGGCUCAACUCUUGUUGACGAGAAAAAAAUGUAGAAUAUCACCACAUUUCUUUAAGUGUAAAAGUAACGACCAAACUAUUGUCUUGCGUCAGUCAAAUUCAUUUAGAAGAAAUCCAGACGGGGCCAAAUAUCCACCAGAAAUUCCUGCAGUUCUUCUAAGAUAUAGUAUGUUGCUGUAAAUGUACCUGCCUAGAGUACUGUAAUCUAUAGAUGUGUACAGACGGGGGACAAAUUAAAGGAAAAGCCAACGUGAAAGCCAGAACAGCUUCAACACUCCUUGGCAUUGAUUGUCCAGGUGUCUGGAUCUCUACUGGAGGGACUGAACAACAAUCUUGCAAGUGGUUUUGGUGAUGAUGGUGGUGGGCAACUGGACCCAAACGAUACCAGCAAAAUACCCCCACAGCAUAACGGAGACUCCUUUUCCUUUAAUGUGUCACCCGUCUGUAGCUUGAGUAGGCAGCCAGGCGCUGUUCCAGUGUCUAGUUUUUAGUGAUAUCCAACACAGUGAAUGUGUCACUCCAUAUCAAUGGAAAGUACUGAAAACAGCUUUGUAAGUGUUGCUGUACUGGUAGUUUUUGUUUAGCGGUACAAUCACCAAAUGACACUGUUUGCCUUUUCAGAGGACGUAGUGAUUGGAAGGGUGAGAUUUCUGACAGAAUAAAAGCUGCGUGAGUGUCAAGGUCUCUGCUGAGAGAGAUUAGUCGUGACUGUUGUGUCUUGAGUCAGUUCAAGAGUAAAUGAUGUUUGCAAAUGUGUUUUCCUAUCAAGGACCAAAUGUCCACGGUCACAGAUUGAGCACAUUUCACAACUGGUUUGAGACAUUUAUAUGCACUUAAUUCAUUUUAAAAUCAGUGUCAUGAGAUUAGCUCUCUGAACAUCUGUCGGCAGCUUUGAAAGACAUGUUAACUUUAAAUUUAAAAAAAUAAAUCUACAAUCUAUCAGACAGAGAAACUGUUAAAAAUGGAAACAACUGGAUUUUCCAUUUUGUAGAACUAUGUGUGAUGUGCAAUUUUGUCUGGAAAAUAACUCGGUCUAAACUUGAAAUCAUGACGGUCCAUCAAAAUCAUCUUAUUCUACAUGUCUCAUUUAAAUAUUCGCAAAAAACGGGAGCUAAAAACGCCCAGACGCUGCUUGGGGUUCAGAGGGUUAAUGCACUCAAAGCCUAAAAUACUGUAUACUGUACACAGAAUACUGAAAUCAGUUGAAAUUCAAAGUGAAAAAGCUUUUAUUUAAGUUGCAAGAAACGCACAUUUGUCACUACUUUUAAAACUCUGAGCUGAUAAGUGAAUGGAUUUCAGACUUUUGGCCUUUACUGUGUGAAACUGUGCCUCUCCACUUUCUCCUCAUGAAGGUUUCAGGUGUGUUUCCUACUUUUAACUGUGGCGACUGUCACAGUUCAGCAGAUGAUCGUUGACCCUCUGACAUGUCAGUGGACUCCUACAGUCAACUGUGUCUUAGAUUAGUGCGGAUGUGUCCAUUCCAGAUUUUGGUGAAGGCGGUUGCGCUGCUGUCAGACGUGGUCAAACAUGAAAUACUGAGUGCAUAGUUUACCUGCCGAGAGGUGUGUGUUGAUGGUAGACGCACAGAUUUGUUUAACGUUUGUGUUAAUGUCCCCCACCCCACAAAAUAUACGCACACAAACAUGAGGCACUUGAAAAAAUGUCUAUGCAAAAAGUGUCAUUAAGAAAUCUACUGUUUUGCCUGAUAAUGAUGCAUUUUGUGUCACAUCUGUGGUUGUUUUUGUGAUUUUAUAAUCAUUCUGUGUAUCUUGAAAUAAACCUUUUUUUUAAAUAACACUACUUAUCCAGUUUUUCUUGACAGAAUAAACAGUCUGAUGUGUUAAUACACUAACAGUUCCAGCUAAAAUCGGAGUCUGCAGAAGCUGAGGCAGGUUGGAAUGUGGUUUGUUUUUGUAGGUGUUGGACACAAUAAUGACUUCAUAUCAAGUGUCUAGCGAUUGAAUGUGGGAAACGAACUGCAUUGUGUGUGAAUUCACUCUUUGUACUUUUCAUAUAAAGUGAAAAUGUAGUGUCCAGCGUGUACUCUAACAAUCCUUGAAUGCAGUGGGCCACAACAGCCGACAGUGAUGACACUAGAUGAUGAUGAUUGUUAUGAAAUGUUUGAAACUAUCCCACUGUUCACUCAUUCACUUCAGAAAGUCCAGACUUCUCAAGUUUUAUUCUCCAAAUGUUGAGAUAUUUCAGUGCAUACAUGAGUGAGCACUUGAACCCAUCAUAUAAAAUAAAGUGUCUCAACCCUC